GCAAAGGAAAAGAAGGAGGACAAGGAGAGCAAGAAGAGGGAGGUUAAAGAUAAGGAGGACAAGAAGACAAAGGAAAGCAAGAAGAGCGAGGCUCCAGAGAAAGACAACAAAAAGAAGAAGAAGGAGGAGACGAAGGAGCAGUCACUCGAGAAGGGUAGAGGCAAGAAGACAAAAGGAAGCAAGAAGACUGAGCAGCCAGAUAAGAGAAAGAAGAAGGAUGAGGAAGACGAAGAUCGGAAGCGCAAGCCAGACAAGGAAAGGGCUAGCAAGAAGGCCAAGCAAGAUGAGACCACCGAAGAUGAGCAGUCUUCAGCGGAAGAGAGCAGAGAGUCAGAGGGCGAGAGCAUUGAGACUUCGUUUGAUGCUGAUGAAUCCGACGCUGAGGAGGACCUUGGAUCAGAGGCAAGCGCAACGGAGGACGCAAAGGAGGGUUCACAGGACGAAGCUGAGAGUGAGGAUGGAGAGGAGAGUGAGGCUGAAGAAACAGAGGAGGCCUCACAGAGUGAAGAUGAAGAAGACGAGGACGGUGACAGUGAACAUACAGAAGAUGAAGGAAGCAACAGCGAGAACGAAGAAGAAGGUGAACCAGAAAGUGAAGAAAGUAAGAUUGGCAGUGAUGAGGAAGACGAUGAAGAAGGGGAUGAAGAAGAGAGUGAUGAGGACACAGAAGAGGAAGAAGAAUCAGAUGACGAACCAAAAAGGAAGGCAGCUAAGAAGCAGCAAAAUGAAGAGGAGGCAAGCAAGACAAAGAAGAAGAAGAAGAAGGAGGACGGUAGCAAAGAAGGGAAGGUGAAAGAUGAGAGGGCAAAGCAGAACCGUGAAGGCAGCGCAGCCAAGGCAGAAAAGACAGAAGUGAACAGCGAGAAGAACAAGAAGGAGGAGGACGCAGAUGAGAAAAAGAAGAAGAAGAAGGCAAGCAAGAAGGCAAAGACAGGGGGUGAAACCAUCUCCGACUUGGAGGAGAAGAAGUUGAAUUCUGUCACAGCCAAUUCCGAUUAUCAAUCCUUUGGACGCUGGCUGAAGAACCGACGGUGCCCAGCGGCAAUCGUUGCUGCAUGUAAGGACCACGACUCACGGCAACGAAUCUUUGAGGACUUCGUUGCAAAGGGUCGAAACAAGAAGGCUGUGACGAUGCUGCACCAGCGCCGGCUCGAAGAAUCACAGAAAACAAAACUCAAAUAUGGCUUUCGAUCGGAGGAAUGGAUCAUUCGCCAACACGGUGAGCGCAAAGGGAAAGCUAUUAUGCAGAGAAAGAAGGAUAUGAAUUUGGUGGUGCAAGAUCCUGAGUUGCCUGAAGAUCCCAAUGCAGUGUUGUACUUCGUGAUGGUGGAACUCAAUGUGGAAAACAUUGCGGAGUUGAAGCGGAUUACACAACUGGAGAUCAACGGCACCCUAGAUUCUGACGGUCUAGCGCAAUUCGUCGAGGCCGGUGGCUGCCUCAAUGGGAACCAGCAUCUGCAGAUUGGGAGCCUCAUGGGCACCGAGGGCAAGCAGAAACUGGUUAACGCAAUGGGGACCGUGAAAGGGAAACCGCCCAAGCGAAAGCGGGGGGAGGAAAAUGGGGAUCCAAACAAGAUUCCAAAGGAGGUGACACCAAAAACCCCUUUGGAAAGAGCAGUAGCCCUGCAAAAUCAAGUCCUUACAAAAGCCAAUGCCUGUCGAGAUCAUGCCUUCAAAUUGAAGCCUUUGGCCAUGUCGGGUACCCUGAUUGAUCAGCUCCGUGCUUUGGACACUAAGCUCCAAUCAAUUGCUGACAACAUCCAGUCCCUCAUCAGUAAGAAAAAGAACAAGCACCAUCACUAUGUCGACGUGAUCAAGGCAGUUUCUUGGUAG